GCCAUGCUGAUCUUCAAUAACACUACAUCCUCCUCUUCCAGUUUUCUUCUUACUGCCUUUCCUGGACUGGAACUUGCUCAUGUCUGGAUCUCCAUUCCUGUUUGUGGUCUCUACACUAUUGCACUCUUGGGAAACAGUAUUAUCUUGUUUGCUAUUAUCAUUGAACGGAGUCUCCACAAGCCCAUGUACUAUUUUCUCUCCAUGCUCUCUGUUGUUGACCUGGGUCUGACCAUCACAACACUUCCCACUGUCCUUGGCGUUCUUUGGUUUCAUGCCCGGGAGAUCAGCAUUAAAACUUGCCUCAUUCAAAUGUUCUUUGUGCAUAGCUUCUCAUUCCUGGAGUCAUCAGUGUUGGUGGCUAUGGCCUUUGACCGCUACCUAGCCAUCUGUAGCCCUCUGAAGUAUGCUACUUUCCUCACAGACACGAUGAGCUUGGUGAUUGGACUGAUCAUCUGUAUAAGACAAGUGUUUUUCAUGUUUCCCUCAAUUAUAGUUGUGAACAGUGUGUCCUUCCAGGGAGGCCAAGAGCUUUCCCACCCAUUUUGUUUCCAUCCAGAUGUGAUCAAAUUCACAUACACCAACCCCUGGAUCAGCAGUUUUUGGGGAAUGUUUCUUCAGCUCUACCUGAAUGGUACUGAUUUAUUGUUCAUUCUUUUCUCCUACAUCUUGAUCCUUCGUACUGUUCUGAGCAUUGUGACCCCCAAAAAGCAACAGAAAGCUCUCAGCACAUGUGUCUGCCACAUCUGUGCUGUGACCAUUUUCUAUGUGCCAAUGAUCACACUGUCUUUGGCACACCGUCUCUUCAGUUCUACCCCCAGAGUGAUCUGUAGUGUUUUGGCCAAUAUGUAUCUACUCUUGCCUCCUGUGCUGAAUCCAAUCAUUUACAGCCUGAAGACCAAGGUUAUUCGACAGGCCAUAUACCGACUACUCCGAAUCAAGAGUUCAAGGGACUAUAGUGUGAGGAGCCUCAGAGAAAGGUGGGAAAGAAGGAGACAGUUUUCUAGUACAUGA